ACUCGCGAGCGAUGGUCGGAAUUGGACCUUUAUUUUUCUUGUUUUUAAGAAUAACAUUAUUAAAAUGUGAAAUGGAGGGAAGAGCGGUGAUUGAGGAUGUUGCAAAGAUAACAGACUUCCCACAUUCAGUGUAUUUGUAUGUUGAAUGCAGUACAGACAAAAUAUGGGCAUGUGGUGCAUCGAUAUUAAAUCAGUGGAUGAUAUUAACAGCAGCACAAUGUCUUGUCAACUGUAGAUUUAAAAAUACAAAAUUUAAUCAUACAGUUAUCAUCGGUGCUGGAAGCGAGGACAUAACGGAGAUGGAAAUCAUAAGUACAUGUAUCGAUGCAAUAUUACACGAGCGGUUCAACAAAUGGGUUGGUGAAAACGACAUAGCUAUAGCGUUUGUCGAUAAAGAGAUACCUCUAGGCGAUAAUAUGAAGAAAGUCUUAAUUACUAAUACAUUUGAGAAUAAACCCCUAAGCGGAUACGUGGCAGGAUGGGGUACCACUGGUGACGAGGAAGACGACAAACUACAUUCAUGCUUUCAAAAAAUAAGAUCUAUGAAUGCCUGCAACUAUGCUCACUACUUGUACUUGCCUCCUGGAAUGUUUUGUGCUGGUGACUUACUAAAUGCGAAGAACAUACCCCGGACCGUUCCGCUCGACUCGGGCAGUGCGUUCAUCUACAAAACAUUCUAUCAAAUAGGCGUGGUAUCAUAUGGAACAAACAAGUACCCAAGCCUAACGUUUUAUACCAAUGUAUCGUAUUUCUACUCGUGGAUCAAUGAGAAUACUAAACGUCUCUACUGCCGGAACACAGCAAAUAAAAUUAAAAGAAAUUAGGCUUUUCGAA